CUUAAACCAAUAGAUUCAAAUAAUUGUAUAUCAUCUUUUACAUCCAUGAUAUAUUUUUUUCUUUUUUUUAAUAUGUAAUUAGACAAUUUGUUUUAGCCGGAAAGGUGGUUCUUAUGUACAAAAGUAAAUAAAUUUGUUAAUAAAAAAUUAAUGUGAUGAAAGAUGUAUAAAAAUGAUGAUGAUGAUGAUGAUGAUUUAAAAUUAUGUCCUACAACCCUUGCUGCUUUAAAUGAGUUUCUUAAAGAAAAACAAGAAAGAGAAAACCAGUUAAAAUGUAGCUUAGAAAAUAAAGAUUUAGAAAUUUCUUUCGAUGAAAAUUGGCAAUUAAGUCAAUUUUGGUAUGAUGACAAGACAAUAGAUACUCUUGUAAAAGGUGCUAUACAAAGUACAGAAUCUAAUGGAAAAAUUGCUUUAAUCUCAUGUCCUUCACUUUAUAACAAAUUAAAAAAGAAUUGUGAUGAACGACAAAUUACUCUUUUUGAAUAUGAUGAACGUUUUAAAAUAUAUGGAGUUGACUUUGUACCAUAUAACUAUAAGUUCCCUUUGGAUAUACCUCAGCAUAUGUCAAAUUUUUAUGAUUUGGUUAUAGCCGACCCACCAUUUCUUUCUGAUGAAUGUUUAACAAAAACAGCUCUUACAAUAAAAUUUUUAGCUAAAAAGAAUUAUGUACUUUGUACAGGUUCUAUUAUGAGUGAAUUAGCAAAAAGAUUAUUAAAUGUAGAAGUUUGUUGUUUUGUACCUCAUCAUCAAAAUAAUCUUGCAAAUGAAUUUUACUGUUAUUCAAAUUUCGAUUUUGAUAAAAUGUUACAAUAAAGAAUAAUAAAAAUAUUAUAUAUAAAA